CCUCUCGUUUUGCCCAUCCACACGGCUCCGUUCCCAAACGAAAAACAUGUGACCAUUUGCUCGCGGGCCUUUUUCUCUGCAAGUGUGAAGCCAUGCAUCUUCCUCUGAAGCAUCUUCAUUCGUCGUGUGCUGAUCGAGAGCAGCUAGCUACACUCCUGCAGCAGGAGCUGUGCCCCGCUGCCACCGCCACCGCCACUAUAAAGUGGCGGACCCUCUCUGCUACUGAGCCACGUACGGCUUCAAUCCACUUCUUCAUCGAUCUGACUGAUCACUCCUCUUCAUCGAGCUGAGGCGAGCAGCUGCGUGAGCGACCGAGCUCGUCGGAUCGGAGGAGCGGCGAUGGCGGCAAUGCUGCUGCACGGCACGCUCGAGGCGACCAUCUUCGAGGCCAAGUUCAACAUCCCCGCCAGCAAGUUCCUGGAGGGGCUCAUCCCGCGCGCCGAGGGCCGCCCCACGGGGCUCCCGCAGCUCUACGCGACGGUGGACCUCAGCCGGGCGCGCGUCGGCCGGACCCGCGUCGUCGACAGCAGCCCCGCGAACCCACGGUGGGACGAGUCGUUCCACGUCUACUGUGCCCACCUCACCGCCGACGUCGUCUUCUCCGUCAAGGCGCGGCUGCCCGUCGACGCCGCGCUCGUCGGCCGCGCCUACGUGCCCGUGCAGGACCUCGUGGGCGCCAACGAGGGCCGGCUGGUGGACCGGUGGCUCGACAUCCUCGACGAGGGGAGGAGGCCGCUGCUCAACGGGCCCAAGAUCCACGUGCAGGUGCGGUUCGCCCGCGCGGCCGCCGACCCCCGGUGGGGCGCCGGCGUCGGCGGCGCGCAGUACCCCGGCGUGCCCAGGACCUUCUUCAAGCAGCGGCAGGGGUGCCGGCUCACCCUGUACCAGGACGCGCACGUCCCCGACGCGUUCCGGCCGGGCGUCCAGCUCGCCGGCGGCCGGGCCUACGAGCCGCGCCGGUGCUGGGAGGACCUCUACGACGCCAUCAGCGACGCGAGGCACGUCGUGUACAUCACCGGCUGGUCGGUGUUCGCCCACAUCACGCUGACGCGGGACGGCAACCGGCCGCACCCCGGCGGCGGCGUCACCCUCGGCGAGCUGCUCAAGCGCAAGGCCGGCGAGGGCGUGCGCGUGCUCAUGCUGGUGUGGGACGACCCCACCUCGGCGCUCAACCUCGGCCUCCUGCCGAGCCAGAUGGGCACCAAUGACGUCAACACCUUCAACUACUUCCGCGGCAGCCGCGUGCAGUGCGUGCCGUGCCCGCGCAGCCCCGACGACGCCGCCAGCUUCGCGCAGGGCCUCAAGACGUUCGCCUUCAGCCACCACCAGAAGUCCGUCGUCGUGGACGUCAAGGGCGGCCCCGGCGACGGCGGCCGCCGCCGCAUCGCCUGCUUCGUCGGCGGCCUCGAUCUCACCAACGGGCGCUACGACACGCCGGAGCACUCCCUGUUCCGGACGCUCAACGCGGCGCACAGCAACGACUUCUACCAGGGGAACAUCCCCGGCGCGGGCAUCGCCUCCGGCGGGCCGAGGGAGCCCUGGCACGACAUCCACUGCCGGAUCGACGGCCCCGCCGCCUGGGACGUGCUCCACAACUUCGAGCAGCGGUGGAGGAAGCAGGGCGGCAGGGACGACCUCGUCCACAACCUGCUGUGGCCGUGGAAGAACAAGGAGGACGUCCUCGUCGACCUCAAAGGCAUGGAGGACGCGGUCGUGCCGCAGUCGUCGCCGGCGGCGCCCGCCGGCGACCAGGACGCCUGGAACGUGCAGGUCUUCAGGUCCACCGACAGCAGCGCCUGCGCCGGCUUCCCCAAGACCCCGGCGGAGGCGGCGCAGUCGGGGCUCAUCAGCGGCAAGGACCACGUCAUCGAGCGGAGCAUCCAGGACGCGUACAUCCACGCCAUCCGCCGCGCCAAGCGCUUCAUCUACAUCGAGAACCAGUACUUCCUCGGCAGCUCCUUCGGGUGGAAGCCCGACGGCGAGACGCCGGAGAACAUCGGGGCGCUGCACCUGAUCCCCAGGGAGCUCUCGCUGAAGAUCGUGAGCAAGAUCGAGGCCGGCGAGCCCUUCGCCGUCUACGUCGUGGUCCCGAUGUGGCCGGAAGGGAACCCCUCGAGCUGGAACGUGCAGGCCAUCCUCCACUGGCAGAGGAAGACGAUGGAGAUGAUGUACGCCGACAUCGCCGCCGCGCUCAAGGCCAAGAACAUCGACGCCGACCCCAAGGAUUACCUCUCCUUCUUCUGCCUGGGCAACAGGGAGGUGAAGCUGGAGGUCCCUCGCGAGUACGAGCCGAAAGGUCACCCUCCAGGUGGCAGCGACUACGAGCGGGCCCAGAAGGCGCGGCGCUCCAUGGUCUACGUUCACUCAAAGCUCAUGAUAGUGGACGAUGAAUACAUCAUCAUUGGAUCCGCCAACAUCAACCAGCGGUCCAUGGACGGAGGGAGGGACACGGAGAUCGCCAUGGGGGCGUACCAGCCGUCCCACCUCAACGCCGACGGCCAGGUUGCCAGAGGGCAGGUCCAUGGCUUCCGGAUGUCGCUGUGGUACGAGCACCUCGCCGAGCUCCGGGAUGAGUUCAAGGACCCGGGGAGCUUGAAGUGCGUCCGGAUGGUGAACAAGAUGGCUAGCGAGCUCUGGCAGCGCUACGCCAGCGACAAGCUGGACGCUGACCUCCGUGGGCACCUGCUCAGCUACCCCGUCGACGUCGCGAGGGAUGGCACGGUGAAGGAGCUCAAGGGGGUGGAGUCUUUCCCCGACACAGAUGCUCCGGUGCUUGGCUCGCUACAUCUGGUGGUAUCUGUUGGCAGUCCACUCACAAAUUUUAUCCUUACGGCGUAGAGGACCAACAAUGUAUAGUAUCUUGAAGGUGCAAGAUGCUAGUCCUUCAAUAAUUUAGCAGUGCCUUCUACAUUGGGUGUGCACAAGUAGUCUAUGUUUACUUCAAUGUUUACGAAUAUUUGAAUAAUAAGUUAUUGUGUCACCUGAAAUAUUUGUUAA